CUUCACGCCGCUCUCCUUGGCAAACGAGAACUGGCACAAACCUGUGGUACAAAGUGCUGUGGGCCGCAAGGCGGUAUGGGAGAGUAAGGUGCUACAUGGGCGGUUCUACAAGGCCCACACGGGACCCGAUGUAGACCUGCUCGCGUCGGUGAACUGGUUACGAUUCGGGGACCUCUUCGGAGAAACCGAGGGUUUUGCCUGUGCAAUUGCGGACGAAGUUAUGAUGACGAACAACUAUCGGAAAUAUAUCCUGAAGGACGGUACGGUCGACAUUUGUCGGGCAUGCCGCCGUCCCGGAGAGUCACUCAGGCAUAUCAUUUCCGGUUGUUCUCAUCUUGCUAACGGCGAGUACUUGCACAGACAUAAUCUCGUAGCCAGGAUUAUUCACCAGCAGCUUGCUCUUCUAUACGGCCUUGUGGACUGCGAAGUACCGUACUACAAGUAUUUACCUGUGCCAGUUCUCGAGAAUGGUCGUGCCACGCUCUAUUGGGAUCGAUCUAUCAUCACUGACAGGACUAUUGUAGCCAAUAAGCCUGACAUUGUGAUAAUAGAUCGAUCGCAGCGCCGGGCCGUGCUCGUCGACAUCACCAUCCCCCAUGAUGAGAAUCUCGUGAAAGCCGAGAAGGACAAGUCCAUCGUUUCAGCGAACGGUCUCAUAGCGAAGAGUCUCGACCAACACCUUGAGAGACUCUCGCUAGGUGGUUGGAUCAAGGGUCAGAUGCAGAAGGCGGUGAUCUUGGACACGGCGCGGAUAGUCCGCCGGUUCCUCUCUCUGCGGCCCUGACCACCGGCAGCUUGGGCCCUGCCCCGCUGCUGGCGGCACUCUAGGUUAGGUUUUUUAUAAUUUGUUUAUAUGUAUUUUGUAUUGUUUUGUAAGUGUUUUUAUAUUUUACUUUUAUAUGCAUAUUAUAAAAAACCUAACAUAAGAAAAAGAAUAAAUAAAGAGAAUAA